AUGUUGGGAGUUAUUCCUAGGAUUAUUUCUGAAGAACACGAGGCUUUUGGGAGGGGCAGAUCAAUCUCAGACCAUCUUCUUUUGGCUCAGGAAGUUUUUAACAAAGUUAGAUUUUCUAAAGAUUUUAAUGGGUUCUUAGCAAUCAAAGUGGACAUGAAGGAAGCAUAUGAUAGCAUGUGCUGGGCAACUUUGGAGAAGAUGAUGACAGAGUUGGGGUUCCCUACCAGGUUUAUUCAUUUGGUGAUGGAAUAUGAAAUUUUGCUGUUUAUGGAAGCUAAAGUGAAUGGUAUGAAGAAGGUUAGAGAGAUUAUGAAGAAUUAUUGCAAGUGGACAGGUCAGAGUAUCAACUACCAUAAAUCUACCUUGGUUUGUGGUAGUUUGAUGGAUAGGAGGAGGAGGAUGCAGAUUUCCAAAUUUAUGGGAAUUAGAUUAGUUGAUGAGUUUGAGUAUUUGGGUAUCAAAUUGGCAUUGAGACGUUUAAGGAGGACUUUCAGACUGGUUUUGGUUAAAUCAGUUUAUCUUUCUCUUCCAAUUUUUAUCAUGUCUCACUCUCUUAUUCCGAUGAAGAUGUUGAUGGAAUUUGAGAAGAUUUGUAGAGGUUUUAUCUGGAAUAAAUGUGAUGGAAAGAGGGGCAUUCAUUAUGUGGCUUGGGAGCAAAUCUGUAAGCCAAAAAAGUUUGGAGGAUGGGAUGUUAAUUCAGCUGUAGCGAGGAGGAAUACUAUGAGAGCCAAAUUUGCAUGGAAGAUGAUUGAUAAGCCAGAUUCUCUUCUGAGUAAACACCUCACUGCUAAGUAA